UUGCUACAUUGGCAUUUCAGUUUCGAACGGUGAAUCGCACGAUCAUUAAAUUUCCCGGUUCCGUUGGAUACCGUUGGUGAAAUCCUCGUGUAUUUAUUCAGUUCAGAAAACGCCUCGAUAUAUUCGAUAAUUAUGUUGAAAUAUAUUAUACUCUUCGCUACUGUGUUGUACAUGGUGCAGUCGCAACGACCAUGGCACGCUGGUACCGGUAAUCGUCUGCCUCAGGUUCUACCUCAAUAUAUUGACGAGCGUAUAGCGGCGGAGCAAGCAACUCAAGCAGGUCAAGCAGGUCAAGCAGCUCAAGGAGAUGAAAUAAUCCCAGCGGGUCAAGGAACUCAAGGAAUUCUAGUGGGCCAAGGGACUCAGGGAAUCCCAUUGGGCCAAGGGGCUCAAGGGAUCCCAGUGGGUCAAGGGACUCAAGGAAUUCCAAUAGGUCAAGGAGCUCAAGGAAUUCCAGUAGGCCAAGGGGUUCAAGAAAUUCCAGUGGGCCAAGGAACUCAGGGAAUCCCAUUGGGCCAAGGGGCUCAAGGAAUCCCAGUGGGUCAAGGGACUCAAGGAAUUCCAAUAGGUCAAGGAGCUCAAGGAAUUCCAGUAGGCCAAGGGGUUCAAGAAAUUCCAGUGCGUCAAGGAUCUCAAGGAAUUCCAACGUAUCAAGGGAGUCACAUUGGUACCGAUAGCUCGCUGCUUGGAAAUCGAAUAGGUGAUGAAGACAGUGGCUUUGCAGCUGCAGCUGCACCGCCCCUAAGCACGACUAUAAAUCCAGCUGAUUUACCAGUCGAUGCUCACGGCGACAUUGACUUGGUAAAUAGGAUCAAGACCUGGCCGAGAGACAAGCAACCUUUUUGGUACAUUAACUGGCAGGCGAUUCAAGCCCAUCGUGGCGACGUGAACAACACCGCCCGGCCAGCCCAAACGCAACCGAAUUCAAGAUCGUUUUUCGCGGGUUAAGACGCCGAAUGAAUUGUAAAUCGAAAUCAACAACCAACAAGACUGUAAAUUUAAACAUUUGUUUCUAAUAAUAGAAUAAGGACUCAAUCGUCGAUAUAUACAUAUUUAUGGCCGUUGAUGACGACAGCGGCCUAUUCCUAGUCAAAACCGUCUCUUUGAAAAAAUAUGCGAUUUCGUAUUUCGAAGAGUCGUCAAUCAGGAUUAUUACGUCGAUCGAUUAUUACGGUCUCUCGAGGAUAGAAGAUUCGGAGGCGAUCGAAACAAAUGUAACGUGAUUGUGCGAAAUCGCAUGCCUUCAUAAUAGAAUUAGCGAUCAAAUUUUUAUACGAAAAGACAGAAAUGACGAUAUAUUAUGUGAACGAAAGUUCAGCCUUUACAAAAUAAAUUUUAGUACUUCCAAAAAAAUGAUUGUAAGCUUUUAUCUCAAAAUGUUCAAACUGCAGAAAAAUCGAAAUAUAUUUAAUAAUCUAACGAUUGCGUUAUCAUUGUGAUAUCUUUACAUUAUGCUGUAAUCUUUCUGCAGCCAAUGCAGCCAAAAUUUCUGCUGAAUCAUAAUCAUUCUCUAUAUUCUCUAAUACUGCAGCGCGCUAUGAAUCAGUAUAAUAACUAUGACUUUUCGUAAGGAAAAGAUUUAUAAUUAGAAUUGUCGAUAUCUUCUUUAAUCCGAUUAAAAAUUAACACAAAUACCUAUAUGAUUGACGGUAUUAUUAAUUGUUUUAUAAAUCAAGUUUUCAACAACGCGCGGUUUGCAUUCAAUAGAAAUUUAUCAAUGAAGUCAUGUAUGUGAAUGACACCGGAGCGCAACGCGCAACGCGAUCCACGAUCCACCU